AUGAAUCGUCUGGUACUCUUCCAGCGUCGAAGGCCUCUAGAACCCGAGAAAGCGCCCUACACUUCCCUGCAAAUCGCUAAGGAUCUCAAACCUGAACACCCCGUAACGCUCGUUCACCCUCACCAAACGGCGCGAGACGUUCGAUCCUUCGUCGCGGGUUUUCAAGGCCACACAAUGUAUGCUGUCAAAGCCAAUGACAGCUCCGAUUUACUGGACAUUCUCUGGAACAACGGCGUCACUUGGUUUGACGUAGCCUCCAUUAAUGAGGUACGACUGGUAUCACAACGCCUGCCAGAGGCAACGCUGUGCUUCAUGAAUCCGGUCAAAAGCGCGGAAGCCAUCCGUGAAGCCUACUUCGUGCAUGGUGUCCGCUCUUUCAGUUUAGACUCUGGCAACGAAUUGGACAAGAUUCUCCGGUCAACUGCCACAGCCACCCGCCGUGCGGCUGACUUGAACAUAUUUGUUCGAUUGCAGGUUGCAUCACGACAUGCUAAACUAAGCCUCGAGUCUAAGUUCGGUAUUUCCGGGAACGAGGCCCAACAGCUACUUCAGGCAGUGCGGAAGUCGAGGAACAAGACUGGAAUUUGUUUUCAUGUCGGCAGCCAGGUGAUGGGCUCGGGAGACUUUGCAGGAGGGCUCCAACAGGCGCACGUCUUGUUGUUGGAGGCUGGGAUUCUAGUCGACUUCGUCAGUGUCGGUGGUGGGUUUGGCGUCAAGUACCCGGGCAUGGAUCCCCCUUCUCCGUCCGAGCACCUGGAGGAGAUAUACCGUGCUUUCCACAGCUUGAAAUUUCCUUCGACAACUGUGCUUCUCGCCGAGCCAGGCAGAUGUCUUGCAGCGUGGCAUCAUUCAAUGCUCCUGCGCAUUGAGGAACGCCGUGGAUCCUCUCUAUACCUCAACGACGGUGUAUACGGUACACUCUCGGAUGCUGGACACCUCAAUUGGUCUUACUUUACUCGACUGCUCCGCGACCCACCGUCUAUGGAGGGAAAUAUACCAUUCACACUCUAUGGGCCGACGUGUGAUGCGCUAGACAAGUUCGGUCCAUGGGAUAUUCCCGCGGAUGCGAAAGCAGGUGAUUAUCUGGAGAUCUUCGGGCUAGGAGCUUACGGAAGUGUCAUGAGAACGCGAUUCAAUGGUUGUGAUACCUAUGAGAGUAGAGUGGCACAGGAUGAACCGAUCGAUCUGGUAAUAGAGAGGUACUAUCAAAGCCGCUGA